AUGGCUGCCAAUUACCCUCCCGAGAAGCAGCCUCUCCAAGGAUCGCAAGAUCCCGCUCCAAUUCCACCGCGACAGAGGCACCGAUGCGCCAAAUACUGGGCGCUGCUCCUCCUAGUCCUCGGCUCCUGGUCCAUGCUCAGCCUGCUACCGGAAGAUGGUCCCGGUGAGGCUUCUUCUCCCAGCCCAGCAGCAGAGCUGGAGGCGUGCGCGUGGUCGCACCUAGAGCAGCACGCACCGCUCCUCGACGUGCCGCCCAUCCCCAGGUCCGAGUUCCUGCGGCGCCAGGCCACGCUGGCCGCCGCCCUCGAGGCCGCCGGUGUGGACGCCUUCAUCGCCGAGCCGUCGGCGUCCACGGCCUACUACGCCAACGUCUCGUCCAGCUUCGACCUCUCGGAGCGGCCCUUCCUGGUCGUGAUCGACAGGGAGGGGGGGUUCACCACCCUGGUGCCCAAGUUCGAGGUCGGGCGUAUUGCUAAGCUGGAGAUGGUGUACGACACGAGGACGACCGUCACCUGGGGCGAGGAGGAGUCGCCCUACGACCCUCUGGUGAGGACUGCGGGCCUGUCCAAGGUUAUGGUCGACGAGCACGCCAGGUACAUGAUCGUGGCGGGCCUGCAGAAGGCCGGGGUGGAGGUGGUCCCCAUGUCCGACGCCGUCCAGUCGCUGAGAUCGGCCAAGACCGAUGCCGAGAUCGCCAUCCUCAAGGGCAUCAACGUCUUCACGCUGGAGCUGGUCCGCUCGCUGCAGAAGUGCAUCCAGGUGGGCGCGACGCAGGAGGCGGUGGUGGACGCCGCGCAGGGUCUCUUCUCCCGCGCCGGCGUGGGCGAGGGAUACUGGUCGAUCGUGCUGUUCGGCCACCAGGCCGCGUACCCGCACGGCGGCGAGAGCGGCCGGACGCUGCAGGACGGCGAGUUCGUCCUCAUCGACAUCGGGUCGAUACUCCACGGCUACGGCAGCGACGUGACGCGCACCAUCCUUCCCGUGGGAGCCACCGUUAGCGACGACCUCAUGGGCAUCUGGCACACCGUCCACGCGGCGCAGUCGGCGGGCUUUGAGCGCAUGAAUGUCAAUGAGACGUGCUCUGACGUCGAUGCGGCAUCGAGGGCUGUUGUCGAGCAGGCUGGAUUUGGUCCGUUCUUCACGCACCGUCUGGGCCACGGUCUUGGUCUCGAGAUGCACGAGCCGCCUUAUCUGAACGGCGCCAACUCCCACAAGCUGAAGGUUGGCGAGGUUGCAACAAAUGAGCCGGGCAUAUACGUGACAACGGAGCAGGCAGAGCUGGUCGGUAAGAAGAUUGGCUUCGGGGUUAGGCUAGAGGAUCCGAUCCUCGUUACUGAGGCUGGCGGAGUGCCUCUGACCGGACGUAGAGCCCAGUCUCCAUGGGACCCUUAG